AUGGCUUGGGGCUUCGAACAAUCCGAUGACGCUCACCGCCAGGUGUACGGCGAGCAGAAGCACGAGAGCCACCUCAGCCACGAGCUGAUCGCCGGUGCCGCUUCCUUCGCCGGAAUGAAGGCCUGGGAGGACCACCAGCGCAAGGAGGGCAAGGUCGUCAAGCACGCUUUCGCUAAGGAGGCUCUCAUGGGUCUUGUCGGCGCCGAGGUCGACAAGCUCGUCGAGACCAAGGGCAUGGACCAGGUUGACCGUCUCCGCGCCCACGAGCACGCCAAGAAGAACGCCGAGCACAUGUACGACGAGCACUACGUCCGUGGCCACGGCGCUGAGGAAUACGACCCCAACCGUUUCGAGCGUCACGAGCGCUUCGACCGUCCUGGUCGCUGGUAA